AUGUCUGAAACGAGCUUAGGUGCGAAUUUCGAUAAGCAAAGCCCCGCCUAUAUGGCAGAGCUAUCCUUAGUCACUCAACUGAGAAGUGUAGCUACGGAAGCCGAAGGAGACACAAGAAUACUGUCAGUACCAGGAGCUCAAGUUUUCUCGAGUGAUAUAGUCGAGCCCUUGUUACAACCCAAAAUUGGUAUUUCAACAAGAGAAUCCAAACCUCAAAGAUCGUCAUCAACAGUGGUGUCGUUGGACACUGCAGAGGUGGUGGUUAGAAAGUCUAAGCGCCUUUCUGAGGCGAGGGCCCGAAAAGAGACAUAUACUGCCAAGCACACAUUGCCACGAAGUAUUUCCAACGAGCCAGCUGCGACUGCAAGUCAAAACAGGAAACUAAUGAGCAGGCAUAAGCCAUGCACCUUGUCAUUCAACAACAGAGAUAAACCCCGGUUGUCUAAUACCCAGGAAUCGUUGAUAUUCCAUCCUCAGAGAGCUUAUAGAAAGGUAUAUGCCACCCAUCGUAAGGAACCCGUCGACUGGGAUGAAGACCUGCGUCCGAGCGGCGAGUCAGAGCUUGGCAAGAGGAACGAAUCUACACCAGUGUUUUCUCCAGCUUCUGGAGAAAGGUCAGCAUUUAAUAAGAGACCGAGUAGUGGACAGAAAGUGAUUCGCGAGGCAAGCUCCUCAGCCGGGAAACGCCAGAGGCCACCAGCCAGAAGUACUGGCAGUGCUAUUAAAGGGAAAAACAGUAUAUUGGGGCCUAUAUCCUACGACAUGAUGGUUAAUAACGCGACUGAGGUGCCUAGAUAUAAGGGAGGGCUAAAGACCUUUGAGGGUAUUGAUAUCCGAACCGAAGAUCACAGUAGCUCAUCGGGCAGUGAAGAUCUCGUCUCUGGAAAAUGCGCAACAGAUGAUAGUACUUCCAUUGAGGCCUCAGCCAAGGGUGUCACUUCUUUGCUGGAAAUUGAAGAGCACAGACAGCGUGCGUCUGAGCCUACCCCCGCCCUUCAUAGCGGAGACAAUAAUGCGGACGAGACGCACAGUUAUGUCACAGAUGCCAAAGAUUCUGGGCCCUCACAAGCCCCUCCAAAGCCUCAGUUGCUAGGGGCAAAGCAUUUAGGGAGAGGCCGAGGUAUUGGUGGAAAGCUUGCUGCAGCUUUCCAACUAGAGGAAAUAUCAUCACAAUGGAACCGAUCUCACAGUCAUGGACACGAUGCAUCUCCUGAUCGUAAGAGCCAGAGCAACCCUGAAACAACGAUGCCAUCAAUCCAAUCAAUGGAAGAAGCUCCCAGAAACAAGCUACUAGUCGAGUCAAAUCUAGCAAGGACUUGUGAAGAUAAUGACGGUGAUUGUGUGAUCUCACGAAGCUCAGAUACAGAUAGGUCACUGAACCGUUUUAUGGACCAAAAUCGCCCGAACGAAGUACAAGAAACAAAUCAAAACAAGUGUCAGGGAAUUUUAAGAGAGGUGGAAAUGAUAACGGCUAGCAUAGAAACAGUAGCCACGGAGCUUUUGGAUGACGGAAAAUGGUCUGCUACCAACUUGACACAAAGCCGACGUCAUGCUCAACCACGCCAUGGAGAUACCUUGAUUAGUCAAUCUGACCACAGCAGCCGAUCGUGCAUCGGAAACGACGAGCCUGGUCCCGGUUCUGAGAGCUCCGGUAUAACGAGAGCAGCUACAUCAAAACACAGUGGCCCAGUUUCCGCCAAACCCCUUCUGCGCCAUGAUAGCCAACAGGUGCAAGACCACACCGCGGAGCAUCAAAGAAUGACACCAAGAAAGAGUAUUGUCGAUAUAAAUGGAAGCCCACGACUCCUAUCACAUAUGGAGAAUAAAAUUAUAAUUUCUGAUGGUACAGUACAUCGCGAAAGCCAAUCUCGGCAGCUGACACAAGAUGAAAAGCAAGUUCCCGCUAGGAGCAUUGAUGAUGAGUCUGGCUACGAUGGAGGUAUCGAAGAGAGUUUCGUUGAAGUGCCUGGUACUAAAAGUAAUCUGGCUCACACUGCGUAUGGUGAGAGCUCUGGUAUGCGUAUUAGAAGUCCGUUUGCACAAGGACCCAGUUUACCCAGGAACCGUGAAGACCGGACAAGGGGCAUGCACCGAGAUCGUUUUAGAGCAGCCUCAGUACCUCAUAGGCAACACAUACGAAUCGAUAUUGCAGGCCAGGAUCUAUACCAAUCUCCGUCGCAAGGAGAGCUAGCCUCUAUCGAUUCUAACUGGAAUACAACGGUAAUAUCGAGCAGCCGCGGCAGAAGCCUCAAAAAGACCAAGGGAGAUACAACUCUACAAGCACUCCAAAGGUCUACGCAGGAGAUGUUACUCGACUCUAGUGAGUCAAUGAUGUCUUGGAGACAUAUCGCCGGCAGUGCCACCGCGUGCUGGAUCAACUUUUCAAGGCACAAGAAGAACGAAUAA